UUGGUUUGUUUUUGAGAAUUUUUGCGCUCGCCGUUGAAACUCUGAAACCAUGUCUUCCAACGAAGACGACAUGUCUCACGUGUAUUAUCCUUACUGGGCCGAUAUAUACGCCAAGGGUAACACAGGUGUGUUCUGGGACGUGGUGGAUUUUCCAAUCCCUGAAUGUGAUCCUGAUAUGAUCUCUAAGAAGAUAAAAUCAGCUCUUGAGGAUAAGGGUUGUUAUAAUGGUCCUGUCUCAAUCCGGUUGUACCAAGAUGAGAAAAACAUCAUCCCAACGAAGAAACAAGAAUUGAUUGACAAAUAUGAGGCUGCCGGAAUCAGUAUCAAUUUCGUACCCGAAGUUGCCGAGGCGUAUAUUCAUGCGAGAGUUCAUAAGAUGUUAGUGGACAUUCUUUUCUGGGCACUGGACAAUCCUGCACACUCCAAUUUGAUUGUACUCUCAAAAAACCUCAAAGACAACGAGACGGUCAGUAAUCUUCAGGCUUUACAUUGGUCAGGUACCAAUGUUCUCUUAGCCGAGUCUGUAUCUGAAGAUCUACCUUUUACUGAAAGCUCAGCUUGGCUUUGGAGUAGGCUUUGUGAAAGCCUAUCAUCAGAUGGAGCCGGAAGCUCACAAGAUACUACUGUUGCUGUUUACAAGCUAGAAAGCAAAUCUGAAGAGGAGGCUAGUGUUUAGGGUUUUAUGUUAUAAUGAUGCACUCUGUGAUUGAUUUAUCUUUGGUUUGAUCAUUUACGGGACUAAGAGUAAACGCAUGUAUGUGUCGUUUGUUAUUCUGAUGCUGUUUAUAACUAUAUAUGUGAAGUGAUGAUAUGUGUAGUCAGUCUAGCUAGUUGAUUGCUCGAUGGCA